AUGGUCAACUUCAUCACCAUCGCUACUGCCCUUCUCGGCGUCGCCAGCAUCGCUGAUGCCUGCAAGCAGAAUGACUGCUGCUACGCUGCCAACGGCGGUUGCCCAUCCGAUGUUUACAACGACUGUUGGUCCAAGUGCUGCGGCACUACCAAGGUUUGGGAGAUGAGGAAGCAGAGGAACAACUCCUGGAAGAACGUCAAUGUCUACCCUGGUGUUCCUUGCGCCGAGUAG